AUGAACGGAAUCGGUCCGGAUGUUGCGCCAUUUAUGGGAGAGAGUCCCUCAUCAGGAGCUAUACAGCAUGAGAAGCCUGCGUUCGACAAAGUCGCAUACUCUGAUGAGAAUGUUGCUAGGACUGGCCUCUUGAGGCUGCUUGUGCGGCGCCAGGGAAUUAUACUUCAAUAUGCUGCGUAUCGGCUGCGCCAUGAUCAAGACUGCAUGGUUUUGCAGGACGAUAUCUUCAAAUUGCCCAUGUCCAUGGAUUUUCGGGCAGGGAUGGAUAUGGUUGCGGAAAUCGAUGAGGUGAAUCCAAUGCUGUACAGGAGCAUUGACGCAAAUUCAGAGCGGGAAUCAGGAUACGAGUCAGCUCUUGCUCAAGUAACAAGCUCAGCAGACGAGGCAGCAACAGCAACAGCAGCAACAGAUCCUGCAGCUGUGGUAACAGCAAAUGAGUGGGCAGCCGUCAUUCAUGCCCCAACCUCAAGUGCCACUGAUGCAACCUCUACUGCAACCUCAGUGGCCACAACUACAGAGCGCUUUUUUGACUGCAUCAAUUGCGCUUUCACCUAUGUCACUACCCCGAUCAACUUCGCCGCCGACGCGCUCAUCUCCGGCGCGUAAGAAGCACAAAUCCAGCACACGGAUCCCUUAUGUGCCAAAGGACUGAUUAUUUAUUCUCCAGUAAAUAGCUGAAGCGCAGAUGUGUAUAGACAUAAGAGCGAACGAAAACAAAAGAAAGGGGGAAGGAGAGAGCCUAGGGCGUAGAUAGCGACAGCAUAGAACGAAUAAUAAGAGAUAGAAGAAAGACUAGAAAGACAACGCGAAGAGAAUGCAAAGAAAGGAAUGGGGAAUGGAAAGACUGCUAGGCGCGUGCGCU